GGGGGGACGGAGCACGGGUUGCGGCGACAUACGUGUGGAUGUUGCAGCACGGUAACGCAGCAAUCUACCGAGUAGGGAGGAGGAGGAAAAAAAAUCUAAAGAUUCUGACCAAUAAGGAGCAGCUUUGCCUUUUGCACAUGUUCGAUGUCGUCACUGAGAAACCACUAUCACACUCCCUCGUGUCACGUCCCUAACAGAAAAUGGAUAAGCACAAGCUGGGAAUCCGAACUGAUGCGGCAACAUCAACAUUAAAGCAACUUGAUGGAGAAAACUAGAGGAAUCCCUUUAAGAUGACACGCACAGACCCACCUGACAUACUGGUAUCAACGGUGCAUCAAGACAUAAAAGUGAUCCCCAUUUCUUCACUCUAUAAGUCCUUACAAUCUUCCAAACAAUGUGAUAGUAUAAAUUCCAACACACUGGAGGACGGUAAAAGCAAAGACAAUAAGAGACACUGCCGUACUUUUGACUAUAAGUCACUGGAGUACCCCAAAUCACACAAAUAUCCUAUGGAUUCUCCAUACAGGAAAGGGGAUAGGCAGGCAUCCAACCAAGAUGUUGCCUGGAAUGUGUUGGGCCACCGGCAGAGGUACCGUUUUUCUGCUCCUGACAUUUUUAGUCACAGGUUGACUCCUCAGCCAGUGACAACAGAUAUGGCCAGUGAGGUAAUUGUCCCUGAACAAAAACGAAGGACCAGGUCAAAAAGUGCACCUCGAGUCCAGACAACUUUCACUGCCGUGUCUCUUGAAGGAUCAUCAUCUUCAGGAAGGAAGGGCAGAGAGUUCCAAAGGGAUUAUAGAGACUCCCGUCGGAGACCAGAAGUAUCACCACAUAGGGAACCCUCCUAUGCAGCAACCAGGGCUCAUAUGCAAGAAGUACAUCCCAUUAAGUUGCAGCCACAAAUGGGUGACAGUAGUCGAUAUUCUCCUCACUACACUGCUGAUAAUUUUGAGGAUGAAGGUCUGGAUAAACCAGCAACUAGCCCUCAUGUCAGGUGUCGGGUUGACAUCAAGCCUGAUGAUGCAACAUUACAUCAUUCAGGACGGAAAAAUGCCACACCUCAAAUGGACAUACCCUGGCAGAGACACCACAGUGCAGGGACUAGGAGCCUGACUGUGCCACGUCAUUUCUCAUAUUCUAGAACGCCUACUCCCACUGACUCAUUUGUUACAGAAAGUCGACAAAGUUAUCAAUAUUCCCGUAGCAUGCCAAGUAGUUAUGUACAACCUAUGGAGAUUUCCUUGCAGAGGAUGCCUUCAUCAGGUGAUUUCUAUGGCAGAGAACGCAGAGCUCACUCUAGUCCUAAUGUGCCAACUAAGUUCUUUUAUGCAGAUGACCCAGGGGGAUAUGUUACUACUGCUCCUCCUCAACCAAGUUCUUACUUUCAUGAUGAACGUUACACACCUGGACAAGCAUAUACUCCAAAAGUCCAAUUUGUGCAAGAUCCAAGAACUCGAAUAGUGCAUGCUGUAGCUACAAGACCAUAUUAUUCUGAAAUGGAGCCCUAUUCAUACUCUAUGAAGACAGGGUAUCCAAAACCCUAUGCAGCAAAUGAACCAUGGCCAUAUAUCAUACAGACACCUCCAACAAGAAUAUUUUAUGGGGAUGAUCCAAGGUCUUAUCAAAUUCAGACUGCUCCACCUAGGUUUUAUUAUUCCAGUGAGAUGUAUGCAAUGCCACCAGAGCACCAUGUCCCAGCUAGGGCAUAUUACACUGAAGGCAGAAGACAUGCUAGAGUAAUGCAUUCACAAACAGAUGACUGGUAUGGUUCAGAUGCAUCUGGUUACACCACCAAUCCUCCCUCUCAUGCAUCUCAAGUCACUCCAACAAGAGUACAACAAGAGCCUGCACUGACUCCGUGGUAUACCAACCCAUGUGUUGAACCUCAAAGAUUUGGUACAGAUUCCAAAUCUUACUCAAGGUCUUGGGACAAUAUUCUGAACUCACGUGUGGAAAGAGAACAGCCUCUUCCUGUACAGCGAGGUCAGAGUUAUGAUGAUCUUCUUGACUCCAGAAAGCCCGAGAGAUCUGCUGGUGAAAAACCACAACCAGUGGUUGUUAAUCUCUCUAGUUCACCAAGACGCUAUGCAGCCUUGUCAAUGUCUGACAACUCACUGAUUGACAAAAGCCCAACAGAGAUAUCAAAGAGCAGCUCCAGUAAACUCUGGUUUGUCACCCCUGAAAUAACAAUCACAGAUAAUGACAUUCGAUCAAGUAGCCUUAAUAAGGCUGAAGGACGAUCUGCCAGUUGGGACAUUCUUGAUACCAGAAGCACAGAGAGUCCAGAAAUGAUUCAUCGGGACUUUGAAAGCUCAGCCAAAGAGAAGACACAUGACAAUGCUUCACUUCAGCAAAGUCUUGAACAACUUGAUGAACUUCUGGCUGAUCUUGUGACUGACUAUAAGCCACCCAGCAGAAGGGCAAGUGAAGACAUUCUGGACCAACUAAAGAAGUUAAUUGAUGAGGAAGAAGCAGUGUCUUUGUCCAGAAAGAGUUCAAAGACAGGCACAGAAGAAGCAGCUCCUCUGGACAAACAACCCACCUCGAUCCGAAUGAAUCCUGAUGCUUUUCGAGAUAUAGAUGGGGCAAGUGAUGUAAUGAAGAGUGCAGACGAGUGUUCCCCUGAUCAGAGCCCAGAUGAGGAUGAUACAAUGAUGUGCUCUAACAACAAAUGCCGGAGGACAGAAACCCUAUUCAAUGCCUGCCUUUAUUUUAAAUCCUGCCAUAGCUGUUACACCUAUUACUGCUCUCGAAAUUGUCGCAGGGAGGACUGGGAUAUUCAUAAAGAAAGCUGCCUGUAUGGAAGAAUUGGUAGCACUUGCCGUCAUAUCAUCAAACACUGUCGGGAGACUGUUGAAGUCCACAAAGCCUUCUCCCGUAUUGCCAAAGUUGGCUACCUUUCUCGAGGUAGAGGAGUUCUCUUCCUUGGUUUUCCUAACCCUUUGUCAUCUAGUAACUUCUUGCAGUAUGGUCUGGAUAGUUUACUUAUGUCUCCUACAUAUUUGUCCCUUCGAGAGCUUGAAAGCUUCAAAGACAACCUAGGGGAGUACUGUAAAGAACUGCAGGAAGCUGGUAAAGAGUAUGACCCAAACGAAUGUUUCAUCUUAAAUGUAUCCAUUGCUGUAGGUGAGCAGUUGCCUGAAGGGCCAUCACCAAGGAACCAAGCUCCAACUGUCAGAAAAUAUGCAAAAGUAGCAUUGGCUUCGUUUAGCCCAGAGAGAAAGGUUCACAAGCAAGAGAGUGACAUGGAAACACUGAUCCUUACUCCACCCCCAGGAACAGCAGAUCUCGACAAAGAGGGAGAAGAAGGCCGGAAGGCCAGAGAAAUUUGUUUCAUUAAUAUACAACGAGAGUUAAGGAUUCGAGGGGUUUUCUUACGCCACGAAUACCCACAAGUGUAUCAGCAGCUCUGUGAGUUUGUGGAAAGUAACAGAAGAUUCACUCCUACUACAAUCUAUCCUAUUGAUAAGAGGACUGGUAAACAGUUUAUGUGCAUGAUUAUGGCUGCUUCAGAGCCCAGGACGUUGGAUUGGAUAGGCACCCCACAUCUCCUUGAUGACAUUAUUUAAGUGCACCUUUAGUUGUAAAUAUAUAUGUAUAGAAAUACAUAUAUAUUGUUAUACAUAUUUAUA